CCAGAUAUAACCAGCCACCAUGGAGGGAUACAUCUUCAGAAACUGGGCAGAGACAUUCUUCUGCAAGCCUGAGCGGUACUAUGAACCACAAAACAUUUCAGAGCUUACCCAGUUGGUCCACAUGGCUCGUAAAGAAGGGAAGAGAGUAAAGGUCUGUGGCAGUAGGCAUUCACCAUCAGAUAUCGCCUGUACAACGGGAUACAUGAUCAACAUGAAACACAUCAACAAAGUCAUAUCGGUUGAUGUUGACAAAUGUCAGAUUCAUGUAGAGGCUGGAGUCAAGCUGGAGAAACUCAAUAUUGAUAUCCUACCAAGACAUGGACUUGCUCUUAGUGUACUUGGAGCUAUCUCAGAGCAGACUAUAGCUGGCGCUAUUUCAACCGGUACUCACGGCACUGGAUACAAUCACGGUAUCAUGGCAACAAAUAUCGUUAGCUUGGAGCUGUUGACUGGGCGAGGAGAAGUCUUGCAGUGCUCAGCCUCAGAAAACCCGGAUGUUUUCAGCGCUGCCUGUUGUGGGCUAGGAGCUCUUGGUAUUAUUCUCACAGUGACCAUACAGUGUGAACCGGCAUACAGGCUGCAUGAGAUUCAGACCUCCACAACACUUGAUGACGUCCUGGAUAAUUUAGAUGCAUAUGUUGAAGGGAGUGAGCAUUUUCGUUUUCUUUGGUACCCUCAUACCGAUAUGGUGGUGAUAUCUAAGCUUAAUCGCACAGAGAGGAGCAUCUCUACGACACCACCCUCAUGGUUUUGGAACAAGUUAAUCGGUUACCAUGCGAUGGAAUUCUCCCUCUGGCUUAGUGAGUUUUAUCAACCCCUUGUUCCCUGGAUCAACUGGUUGUAUUUCUUGAUAUUUUCCUCGCAACCGAAGGAAAGGGUGGACAUCGGGCACAGAGUGUUCAAUUUUGACUGCCUCUUUAAACAGCUUGUCACUGAAUGGAACGUCCCGAGGAACAAGACUGGUGAAGUUUUGCGAGAGCUGAGAGACAACAUUGAUAAGAGACGUUUCUAUGCGCACAUGCCGACAGAGGUUCGCUUUACACGAUCUGAUGACAUCAUGAUAAGCCCGGCCAAUGGGAGAGAGACGUGCUUCAUCAACAUCAUCCAUUUCAGGCCUUAUGGAAGAAAAACUUUGAACACCAAGUACUGGGUGGUUUAUGAGGACAUUUUGAAAAGAGCAGGGGGAAGACCUCAUUGGGCUAAGGAGCACCCUCUGAGAAACAAGGAGUUAUCCGAGCUUUACCCAAGAUGGACAGAGUUCUGUGAUCUUCGGAAGAAACUGGAUCCUCACGGGAUGUUCCUCAACGCGUAUCUAGAAAGGAUUUUGUCAGACUAGACUUGCUGCCUGACCAACGGUGUUACUCUGGGGGCUCAUCAGGGAGGUCUUGGGGCUUUGUCUGGAAGAAACUAACAUCAUUGUACAAAAAAUCUCUCCAAUGCCGUCAUGUUCAUAGGAGAUUAGAUCCCAAUGGGAUGUUUCUAAACGCGUAUCUUGAGAGGAUAUUCUUAGACUACACUUCGCCUCCUGGUUGAUGGCAUUAUCCUGCGGGUUCAUCAGGGAGGUCUUGGGGCUUUGUCCGGAAGAAACUAACAUCAUUGUACAAGAAAUCUCUCAAAUGCCCUCAUGUUCAUAGGAGAUUAGAUCCCAAUGGGAUGUUUCUAAAAGCGUAUCUUGAGAGGAUAUUCUUAGACUACACUUCGCCUCCUGGUUGAUGGCAUUAUCCUGCGGGUUCAUCAGGGAGGUCUUGGGGCUUUGUCCGGAAGAAACUAACAUCAUUGUACAAGAAAUCUCUCAAAUGCCCUCAUGUUCAUAGGAGAUUAGAUCCCAAUGGGAUGUUUCUAAAAGCGUAUCUUGAGAGGAUAUUCUUAGACUACACUUCGCCUCCUGGUUGAUGGCAUUAUCCUGCCGGUUCAUCAGGGAGGUCUUGGGGCUUUGUCCAGAAGAAACUAACAUCAUUGUACAAAAAAUCUCUCCAAUGCCGUCAUGUUCAUAGGAGAUUAGAUCCCAAUGGGAUGUUUCUAAACGCGUAUCUUGAGAGGAUAUUCUUAGACUACACUUCGCCUCCUGGUUGAUGGCAUUAUCCUGCGGGUUCAUCAGGGAGGUCUUGGGGCUUUGUCCGGAAGAAACUAACAUCAUUGUACAAGAAAUCUCUCAAAUGCCGUCAUGUUCGUAAGAGAUUAGAUCCCAAUGGGAUGUUUCUAAACACGUAUCUUGAGAGGAUAUUCUUAGACUAGACUUCGCCUCCUGGCUGAUGGCAUUAUCCUGCGGGGUCAUUGGGGUGGUGUCCUGGGGCUUUGUCCGGAAGAAUCUAACAUGAUUGUACGAAUGUUCCUCAAUGCCUAUCUGGAAAAGAUUCUUUUUGACUGCGUGUAGACUCUGUUGCCUGACCAACAAAGGUAUAUUGAGGCUUCUUUGGGAAGAUAUUUAUUAUAAGAGUGAGCUAUACAGGGGUCCAAAAUAUUUUUUUUGUCAUUUCGAUAUGGCAGCAGGUUUAAAAAAUUCCUUUUAAUGUAUGUCAACAUGAUAUGACAUCUGUUUUUGUCUCGGGUACGAGAAAAAAGGGAGGCCCGGCUAAAAUACAAAAUGGCUGCCAAAACCCCCCAAAAUCACAGUUUGGGCCACAACCUCCUAGUUCGGUUGUCUUCUUCUCUGGUCUUGGUGUCUAUUGAUAUAUUUUGGGGGACAGGAAGAUGUGAUUUUUUUUUGGGGGGGGGGGGGGGGGGGUUGGUGGCCAUUUUGGAUUUUGGCCCGGCACACUUUUUCUCUGACCCGAGACAAAAUAUAUUGUCAUUUCAUGUUCAGAUACAUUACAAGGAAUUUAGAAAAAACUGUUGCCGUAUUAAAAAAAACCAGUAAAAGUAUUUUCGACAAAUGUAUAGCCCACUCCUAAUAUUAGGUAUUCUAUUGAAAGAUAUUUCAUCCCAACAGGAUGUUCCUCCUUGCAUACGUGGAUAAGUUUCCCAAAUUAGCCAGUAUUGUCUUACAGGUGGCUCAUGGCACUCAAAUAGGUCAGAGGAAUUUCUAGAUGAUCAGAAAAAUCCAAACCAUUACCUCAGAAAAAAAAAUUAAAAUUAAAAAUUGAAUUAGAAAUGUGGAAAGUUCAAGGAAUUCACCCUUUUUUCUAAAUUACAAAAGUCAUUCAAUAUCAUGUAUUUUAAUAAUAUAAUGUACUUUUGAAAUCAUGGACAUUGUCAGUUUCUUCCAAAAGGUCUCGGAAGUUUUAUUUAUUUAAGAUAUUCUUGUAAAUCAUGGAAUUGAUAAAAUCAUUUGCUGUGAGGUAGAAGGUCGUGCUCUUCAUUUUGUGGUCAAAUUUUAUGUGCUCAACUCUAUAAUUGUCAGGGUCCCGUCUUAGAGUUGCGAUUGAUCCAGUCAACUACACCUAUGGAAAGCCAGCAACGUCAAAAUCUUAAAUGCAUGUUCAUAAUAUUUUCUAGAUAUGAGGAGGCCCGCUAGCUCAGUUGGUAAAGUAGGGUUUUCGGAUUCUGGUGACCCGGGUUCGAUUCCCAUUUGGUGCGCUAGUGCCCUUUGGUAAGGCAUUAAUCCUCACUACCAGGUCCCUCGGAGCGGAAAUUAAGUCGUCGGUCCUCUGGUUGCGUGCUUACAAGCAUUCAUGCUUUCUCAGUAAUCAGGUAAAAUAUUACGACCAUUUACCAUAAUCCAUGAUGUAUAUUCAAACAUGCACCUUUUUAUUGAAAAUUCAGUGUGCUUUUCUUUGUUUUCAAAGAACCUCAUUAAAAUUCCCUGUAGAAAAAAAUUAUUUCCAUAUACUUGUGGUUGAUGGGAUCAAUCACAACUCUUUGUAAGACAGGACCCUGUUGUACAUAAUUGCAUGCUUGAAAAAUAGUGUGAUAUCCAGUAUCCAUUUAUCAUUUAUUAGCUACCUAGUACAAAUACUAAAAUGCAGUUGGGCAAUAGCUGGUCACAUGACAUCUUGGAUUGUGAUACUGAUUGUUUCCGCAUCUGGGCCGGUAUUAUAUGCUAUGUCUAAGUCCGAAUUUUACACAUUGUUCUAAUUGACAGCUAAGUACUUGAAGGGCCCCAUCUCUAACACAGAGCUGUGAUUGCUUUGAUCAACCAUUAACUAUGGAAAGCAGGCAAUGCCAACAUCUAAAAUGCUUGCUUGUUCAAACUGUUUUCUAGAUGCUCAUACAUUCAUUAAUAUCUUGACAAUUUAAUGUGCUCCUCUUUCUUUAUACCAAGUAUUGUGCAAAUUUCCUGAAGGAAAAAUUAUGACAAUGAUGGAUUUCCAUAUAGUUGAGUUUGAUCUUAUCAAUUGUAACGCUUGAAGACAGGGCCCAGGUUACGAAUUGUGUUAGCAGGUGAAUCUGUGCUUUUGAUAUAUAGCGAUGGGAAAGGUUUGCAAUACUUGUGGAUAACUUUGUUUGUUAUAUUUUUUUGGUCAAUGAAUCUAUUCUUUCCUGCCAAAGGCUGGGAAAGCCGUUCAUGGAAGCUGCUUAUGUCAAGUUAAAUUCUGCCCGGUGGGAUGCUUGAAAUUUUGAUUGCGAUUUGAUUAUGAAUACUGCUUUACUACAAAUUCUUGUGUUGAAUUAUCCAUUGAUGUGGAUGUGUGUGUGUGUUUAUGUGCAUGCUGUUUUUUAGAUGUCUGAUGUGGAUUGCUAGGUAGGGCAGAUGGCGGUUUGUUGUUUUAAUAUGUAGUCCAGACAUAGCACCAGAAUUCAAGUGAGACCAGCUAGUUGAUGACAUCACAAGGUUUUGAAGCCAUCAAUAAUGUGAUUGAUAACAAUUCUUGUCUCGCCUGCAUUGCAGAGCCGCCAGAGCUAGAUAGACGCCACUUUUCCGACGGCGUUGGUGGCGUAAAUAUUGUAAAUACCAUGGAAUGAUUGAUUAUUAUUGGCUGCUGAGUCCAGUUACCAUGGUAACUGUCAUAAUGACAGUGUUGUCAUAGUUUGAAGUCCUUAGGAAGCCGGUCUCUGGUUUACUUGGGCAUUGGUAUUUAUACGGAGGUUGGAGAAAAUUUAAUCAUGUUCUAAGAUUUAGCAACCUAAUUACUUGUAUAUGUUAGAUUUAACAAAAAUGCACUAGUAUAUUAUGGAGAUGUUUUGCAAUUCCUUUCUGUAAAAAAAAGAUACAUUUAAAAUAAUAAUAAUGCAGAUUCUGUGAAAGGAUUUCAGUUGCUAUCUUGAUUUAAUUCUUAAUUCAGUUGUGGUAUCUUGAAUAUUAAAUCAGAGAGUUAAUUACAGAGACAGUGUAAUCUGCAUUUUCAUACAAAUCAAAGCAUUUGCUUUCAGACUGAAAUUUAGUCAUUUUUGGACUUUGGACAUCUAAUAAUUAGAAUCUCAUACAUUGUAAUUAAUUCAGAUUUCUUUUGUCUAAAGAGGUUUUUUGUUUUGGGCAGAGUCAUCUGUAUGUGCAGUACCGGUAUAUAUGUCUGUUAGUUAUUUUCUGAAGAUUUACAUGUAUGACUCUAUACUGCUCUGGAUUCUUUUCUUCAUAUACUUUGUUACUGUAAAAACUUUUGAAUAGUUUUGUGAUGUGGUGAUAGAGAGUAGGACAAAUUGUAGGAUUUUUAUCUGAAUUAAGUAGGAUUUAAAGGGGAAACUCUAUUCUCAUAGAAAGAGCAUUUUUGAAACUUCAAUGAUUUUGGGUUUGUUUUCCCAACUUUUGUAGGAAAAUAGGAUUUUAGGCUUGAAAAUUGGAU